AUGCACAUAACCUUCUCCAGGGAAGAUCAUUGGGUGCACAUUCCGGACCCCAGGUCUUACCCUUUCGUGGUGUGCCCGACCAUAGAUAGAGUCCUCCUCUCCAAGCAAGGAUCCUAUCCUAUCGGGAGAGUUAUCCUGCCACUCACGUUCGGCACCUUCGACAACUACUGCACCGAGCACCUCACCUUUGAGGUAGCCAACUUCAAGAUUUCCUACCAUGCCAACCUUAGUAGGCCGAUGCUAGCGAGCUUCAUGGCGAUUCCCAACCACACCUACCUCAUCCUCAAGAUGCCAGCUCCAAACGGCAUCCUUUCCAUCUUCGGUGAUGUCAAGACAUCUUGCAAGUGCGACACGGAAGCCGUGCAACUCGCCGAGACCGUAGAGUACUCGACCAAUGCCACCAUAAUGCUCACCGAGUCCAAGAAGGUGGACCAAAACUAG